CGUAAGAUGCAGCAGGACCAGUGGCCGAAGCGGGACCUGGAGGCGGCAUGGAUGCAAGCGGGGAAAGUGUUGUGCUCGUGGCUGCUGUCAGGACCCCGAUCGGCUCCUUCAAUGGUUCCUUGUCUACUUUGCACGCCCAUGAGCUGGCUUCCGUGGCCAUUAAGGAAACCUUGAAGAGGGCAAAAAUUGAACCUAAAGAAGUAUCUGAGGUUAUAUUUGGACAUGUCUUGACUGCAGGUGCUGGUCAGAAUCCUGCCCGACAAGCCAGUGUCGCCGCUGGGAUUCCAUAUGAGAUACCUGCUUGGAGCUGCCAGAUGAUAUGCGGUUCAGGCCUGAAAGCCGUGUGCUUAGGCGCUCAGUCCAUCAUGGUAGGAGAUUCCAGUAUUGUAGUGGCUGGAGGCAUGGAAAACAUGAGCAAGGCGCCGCAUGUCAUUCAUAUGCGCAAUGGGAUGAAGAUGGGGGAAGCCUCCUUGCAGGACACUCUGAUCUUGGAUGGUUUGACAGAUGCCUUCUACCACUACCACAUGGGUAUAACUGCUGAAAAUGUUGCCAAGCAAUGGCAGGUUAGUCGAGAGGAGCAAGAUCAACUGGCUGUACAGUCACAGAACAAGGCUGAAAAUGCCCAAAAGGCUGGAUAUUUUGAUAAAGAGAUUGUUCCUGUUCCUGUGCCUUCUAGGAAAGGUCCAGUCGAAGUGAAAGAAGAUGAGCAUCCUCGCCCUGGUAGCAAGUUGGAAACGCUGGCAAAGCUCAGGCCUUUUUUUAUAACUGAUGGAACAGGAACCGUGACCGCCGCAAAUGCCUCAGGUCUAAAUGAUGGUGCUGCAGCUGUAAUUCUCAUGAAGAAAGCUGAAGCCCUUAAACGAGGUCUUGCCCCUUUGGCACGGAUUGUAUCCUGGGCCCAAGCUGGUGUAGAUCCUUCUGUCAUGGGGAUUGCGCCUGUCUCAGCCAUAAAGAAAGCUCUGGAAAAAGCAGGUUGGACAGUGGAUCAAGUGGACUUGUAUGAAAUCAAUGAAGCGUAUGCUGCUCUAGGUUGUGCGGUAACAAGAGAGCUAAAACUGAACCCAGAAAAGGUGAACAUUGAAGGUGGAGCUGUUGCCCUUGGCCAUCCUCUUGGAGCAUCUGGUUGUCGGAUCCUUGUUACGCUUGUGCAUGCGCUGGAACGAACAGGUGGAAAACGGGGGGUUGUUGCUUUGUGUAUUGGAGGAGGGAUGGGCAUAGCCAUGUGUGUAGAAAGAUAAUGGAAGUGUUUCAGUAAUUCUGUAUUUUGUUGCAUGGCUUCUAAUUAAACAAACUGUCUUAA